UGUUCAAUACUAAGAAGUGAUAUACGCACGUCGUAUAACUAUGAAACUAAACCGUGGGACAUUUAUUGUUUUUGUGAAGUUCUCUUUCAACAUUUCACUGAUUAUUGAUGAUGUAUGUCAGAAGCGACUGUGUUGACAAUGGCGGAGGUAGAAGGAUGCGAGAUCGAGAAAUCGACUAGGAAAGCGAGAAAAUGUAAAUUUUUACGUCAGGUUUCAGCUAAAGAUGAAAUACACGCAAGGUUCAAGCAGAUUCGUGACAUCUUAAAGAAGGCUGAAGAUGAACGUACAAAUGAAGAGACAAGUAUUUUAAAGGAGUCACCCGAAGUCGUCAAGGCUGUACAGAAGAGAGAGAAGAUUCAACAUGCACAAAAACAAAGAGAACUUGAGAUUGAAGAUGAGCCUGAUAUCCUCAAGUUGAAAUGUCAGCAGCUUGCCAACGCCAUCAAGGCAUCCAACAAGAUAGUCAUCUACACAGGAGCAGGAAUAAGCACAGCUGCUUCCAUCCCAGAUUACAGAGGCCCGAACGGAGUGUGGACGCUACUAAAGCAAGGGAAGGAACUCCAGGCACAGGAUCUGUGUGAUGCUGAACCCACCUACACCCACAUGGGCAUCACCCAGCUCUACAGAGAAGGACAUUUGAAGCAUGUGGUGUCUCAAAACUGCGAUGGUCUUCAUAUACGAAGUGGCUUGACUAGGCAGGUGUUGUCUGAAGUCCAUGGGAACAUGUUCAUAGAGCAAUGUAAGGAGUGCAAGCCGCAUCGAGAAUACAUCCGACUGUUUGAUGUGACGGAGAAGACUGGUGUCCGGCGCCAUGAAACAGAAAGGAAAUGUCACAAGUGCAAUAACUCAUUGCGGGAUACCAUUGUACACUUCGGGGAGAAGGGUGGCUACAAGUCUCCAUAUCGCUGGAAGGAAGCAGUCAAGGCUGCCAACAACUGUGAUCUCAUACUGUGUCUAGGCUCAAGUCUCAAGAUUCUGAAGAAAUACUCCUGCCUGUGGUGUAUGAACCUCCAGCUUCAGAAGCGACCCAAGCUGUACAUCGUCAACCUACAGUGGACACCCAAAGACAAUGUUGCAACACUCAAGAUCAAUGGGCGCUGUGAUGACGUCAUGCAGCAGGUCAUAUCCUGUUUAGGGUAUGAAGUUCCAGCUUACAAGCGAGAAAUAGAUCCGAUCUUCUCCCUCUCAACGCCAUUACGGAAAAGGGAAUUAAAAACUACCUCAAAGAAAAUUCUUGAUAUUCCCGAAGGCUAUGUAAAACCAGCAGCAAUCAGGAGAAAGCCUCUGACCAAAGACAGGAAGCCCAAAUAUUCCACCAUAAAGAAUUUACUUGGACACCAGCAGCUGCAGCAGGAUGAACUGCCCGACUCCAUGGCUUUUGUCGACACAACACAUUUGCUCAGAGUUGAUAAUCCCUCCUCCAUGUCUUGUGAUAUGCUUGACUCUGUUCUUGUAAAAGCAGAACACACCAAUAUAUCAACUAUGCAAGAUUCUGAUAAGUGCUUUAGACUCUCAGGUGUCUACUCUAAUGACAUGUUAAUACCUCAAGUCAUUCCAUCACUCCAUGUGCCAGUUGCAUUCCAAAGUGCUGUAUUAGCCACCAGUGGUGUUGGUGGCCAUGAUCUCAAACUUGUGUCGGUACAACCAGCUCCCCGGCCCCGAGAGACUCCUGUUCCAACAGAUGUUCCUACUCUCCCAGGGAGUGUCAUACUGGAUCAUUGUUACUGUAGACAGAUCAACUGCCAGUGCCGGAACUCUCCUGAGAAAAGUCCACAAACCACAGUAGCUCCCAGCUUAUCUAGUGUUCAGUAUUCAGAAAGCGUUCAGGAUGAAGCUUUGGACUUAUCACCACAAGCCAAAACCCAUCAUUGUGUAACAACCAAGCUAGUGCAAACUCCUCAAAUAGCCGCAAGUGAACAAGAUGGAGUGAUUGCAUCUGCACCACCAGGUCUUGUACUGGCAGCCUCUCUGAGUCCUGGUGAAGCAUCCUUUGAGACAUUUGCUGAUCUUCAGAAGUAUUGUAUGAUGGGCUUCCCACCCUCCUUUAUAGCCAGCCCACCCGUAUUCCACACACAGCCCAUCCUGUCCCUACCACCAAGGUCGUCUCCAUCUGUUUCAUCACCAUCACUUUUAUCACCAUCACUGACUGAAAACAAUCCUCCCUCAGAGAGCAGGUUGAGCAGUACGGCAGUGAAAGUUAAAGAAGAAAGGGACAGGUCGGGUUCGUUGACUUCAGAAGUGAAACAGGAGAAGGGGGAACAAAGUGUUACAAAGGACGAAGAAACCAAAGAGAAGUGUGCUCAACGAACAAAGAGACGCCUCAGCUCAGCCUCGUCAGUGCCUGGCUGGUUUGGGAAAGGUUUGGCCAUUAAGAAAAGGCGCAAGUUUUAAUUUUUCACAAGGAA